UUCAUAUCGUGCGCGCAUGCGCGUGCCUCCCCGGAAGUGAAACUCGCUUAUUCACACAGGUGAACAACACCAAAACAGACACAGCGCGUCCCGAUAUCAGAGAUCAGAAAUGGGCAAAGGCGGCGGAACGUUUGAGAGACUGUUGGAUAAGGCUACCAGUCAGCUGCUGCUGGAGACAGACUGGGAGUCCAUUCUGCAGAUAUGUGACCUCAUUCGGCAAGGAGAUACACAGGCUAAGAAUGCAAUUGUUGCCAUCAAGAAAAAACUCAAUGACAAAAAUCCACACGUAGCGCUCUAUGCUCUUGAGGUUCUGGAGUCAGUUGUGAAGAACUGUGGCCAGACGAUUCAUGAUGAAGUGGCCUGUAAGCAGACAAUGGAAGAGCUGAAGGAGCUGUUCAAGAAACAAACCGAACCGAAUGUGAAGAACAAGAUCCUUUAUCUGAUCCAGGCCUGGUCCCACGCCUUCCGCAACGAGCCCAAGUAUAAAGUGGUCCAGGACACCUAUCAGAUCCUGAAGGUGGAAGGUCAUGUCUUCCCGGAAUUCAAGGAGAGCGAUGCCAUGUUUGCAGCAGAAAGGGCCCCUGAUUGGGUGGAUGCAGAGGACUGUCACAGAUGCAGGGUUCAGUUUGGUGUUCUAAACCGAAAGCACCACUGCAGGGCAUGUGGGCAGAUUUUCUGUGCUAAGUGCUCUUCGAAGUACUCUACCAUUCCCAAGUUUGGCAUUGAGAAGGAGGUGCGUGUGUGUGAGCCCUGCUUCGAGCUUCUCAACAACCACCCCUCCCUCUCUCCCCCUCCUAGGAAAGCUGAAGGGAAGGCCGCCAGCGCUGGGCAGCCCGAGCUUCCCCCUGAGUACCUGACCAGCCCUCUGUCCCAGCAGUCUCAGGUAGUGCCCACCGAAUCAAUGCCUCCUAAGAGAGACGAGGCUGCGCUUCAGGAAGAAGAGGAGCUGCAGCUGGCCAUCGCACUGUCUCAGAGUGAGGCCGAGGAGAAGGAGAGGAUGAGACAUAAGAACACUUAUUCUGCGUACCCCAAAGUCGAUCCCACCCCUGUGACUUCCUCUGCCCCUCCUGUCAGCACUCUCUACUCCACUGUGAACUCAUCGGCUCCAUCAGCUGAAGACGUGGACCCUGAGCUGGCUCGUUACCUAAAUAGAACUUACUGGGAGAAGAAACAGGAAGAGGUUCGGAAGAGUCCCACCCCCUCUGCUCCUGCUCCAGUGUCACUGGCUGAGCCCGUCCCAAUCAGCCAACCAGUGGAAAGCCACGCUUCAGUCCAACCCAUCAACAUAGUAGAGCAACAAUAUCAGAAUGGAGAAUCUGAGGAGAACCAUGAGCAGUUCCUGAAGGCCUUGCAGAAUGCCGUCACCACCUUCCUCAACCGCAUGAAGAGCAACCACAUGCGCGGCCGCAGCAUCACCAACGAUAGCGCUGUGCUCUCUCUCUUUCAGUCCAUCAACAACAUGCACCCACAGCUGCUGGAAAUCCUCAACCAGCUGGAUGAGAAGAGAUUGUACUACGAGGGUCUUCAGGACAAGCUGGCGCAGGUGCGUGACGCGCGGGGGGCACUGAACGCUCUGAGAGAUGAGCACAGGGAGAAACUAAGACGGGCUGCCGAGGAGGCAGAGAGACAGAGACAAAUCCAACUCGCCCAGAAACUAGAGAUCAUGAGGCAGAAGAAACAGGAGUACUUGGUGAUGCAAAGGCAGCUCGCGAUCCAGCGCCUGCAGGAGCAGGAGAAGGAGAGACAGAUGCGUCUGGAGCAGCAGAAGCACACCAUUCAGAUGAGAGCUCAGAUGCCUGCGUUCCCCCUGCCCUAUGCACAGAUGCAGUCACUGCCUCCUAAUGUGGCAGGAGGGGUGGUGUAUCCCCCCACUGGCCCUCCCAGCUAUCCUGGGACCUUCAGUCCUGCUGGCUCAGUGGAGGGGUCGCCCAUGCAUGGAGUCUACAUGAACCAGCCCGGACAGACUGCUGCCGGUGGCCCGUACCAGGCCAUGCCAGCUACAGAUCCCAACAUGGUGAACGCUUACAUGUAUCAGAAUGCAGGCACCAGUGGGCAGCCAGCCGCCCCAGGACAAGCCCCUCCCACAAGCAGCCCCGCCUACACUAACUAUCAGCCCACCCCCACACAGGGCUACCAGGCUCCCCCCACCAACGGUAUCGCCUACAUGGGCUACCAGCCAUACAACAUGCAGAAUAUGAUGAACGCUCUUCCAGGACAAGACCCCAACAUGCCUCCCCAGCAGCCCUACAUGCCUGGGCAGCAGCCUAUGUACCAGCAGAUGGCUCCCCCCGGCGGUCCACAGCAGCAGUCUCAACAGCAGCCGGCGCAGGCUCCUCAGGGCAGUCCAGAGGCUCAGCUCAUUUCAUUUGACUGAUCAUAUUCCCUCCAGGUCCAGCACACUACAUGCAACCCUCGCUCACCCUGCUGUCUCUGGCUCCAUUACCCUGCACCUGCUCUCACUUCACUAUGUUCCACAGAUAUUAAAGCAUUCGGCUUUCUUGGGUCCCCCUCCUCUCCCCGUCUCUUUAAAUAAAAUGAGGAGAUGCUACAGAUGGAGCUGGUGGGGAACCUUUGUCUCUUAACUUGAUCAAUCUCACAAAACUCUCUAGAUCAUAUUUUGAUAUUUUGCUUAAAGAAAAUCAAACCUGGUUUAGACCAUUACAUUUUUUUGUGACAUUAUGAGAGUUAAAUGUGUUUCUUUGCUCUGUUUCUCAUUAUUGUAAUGCAAAAAAAGAAAGUCAUUUAAACUGUAAAGUAGUUGCAUGAUAAUAUUUGUUGUACUGCCUUUAUUCUGAUAUCAUGAUUUAAAAAUGACUGUGUAUUAGUAAUGAGAUUCACCACUGACAAUUAUGAGAAUUACCAAAAAUAACAUCAAAUCAUCCUGACACAUUGAACUUGUGAGAUUUAGUGAAAAUAUGUGUUGACGAUGCAAAAAAUAUUAAUGGUACUAGAAUACAUUUUUGCAUUUCUGCAACAUAAGAUAGUCAUACUUUGGUAAAUCAUAAUUAUGAGAAGUUAUGUCAAAAAAAAACACACAAUACUAAGUCAUAAUUGAUACAGUAUUUCUAUUGCCUUGUUAUUGAUGUCAUAAUUUCAAUUCUGAAUCGUAAUUAUCACUUAGUACCUCAAAUCAAAAUUGACAUUGUAAGCCAUAAUAAGUCAAAAUUGAGUUUUGCUUUGUUAUAAUUGACUUAGUAUCUCAUAAUUUUUACUAUGAAACACUAAAUCAUAAUUAUAAUAAAUGUCUACUUUAAUCUCCAAUUAAUAAAUUAAAUCACUGCUAUUAAUCUCAAUUAUAACAGAUCUGAUAGUUUAUAUAUUUUAUUAUUUUUAAGUUGAAAGUUUGCUAAUCUCAGUUAUGACUUAGUAUCUCAUAAUUUAGAUUUGUUUUAUUAUUAUUUUAACAUUUUAUAUUACGUUUCAAUUAGUUAUAGUUAUGGGAGUCAAAAUUAUGAAGUCAUAAGUCAUAAUUGAGAAGUGAAAAUUAUGACAAACAAAUAUACUUUGUCAUAAUUAUGACUUAUGUUGCCUUUUUAUUUAAAAAAAAAAAAUCUAAAGUUUCACCAAAGCUUAGCUGGCAGAAAUGAGAUUCUGUUAAAAUAUGACCUGGACAUGUUGUGAGAUUCAUCAUACUGCUAACUCUCAUCUCUCUAGAUUUUUGCAAAUGCAGUUUUUCCUCCUAAAACUAAACUGACGCAGGUUAGUCGCUCGUACCAUAGAGAAACAAACACUAUCUGAUUCAAAAAGACAAAACAUAACUAUCCUUUUGUCUCAUAUUUUUCUAAGAUGUGUUUGCAUGAGUGAAUAUGUAACUGCCAUUUAUUUUUCUUCGGUUAAGAGACUUGCUGGCUUUAGCAGAGGUUACUGAGGUCACAUAGCAGUUUUUCAGCUCUGCUUUGCUCUGAAGUGCUCUAAGAUCAUGUGACAUUCCAGUGCUGGCUUCCAUGUAUGCGAUUCUAGAAAUACUUCAGAAGCUCUGCGUUUAGGAUCAGUGUUGUGGAUUCCUUGCUAAUGAUUUAUGCGGUAGAUUGGUGUAAACAUUGGCUCCUGUCAUAUAAUAUAACAGCCAAUGAGAUGUCAACUGUACUGCCAUUUGCAUAUCACCAAUCUAUUUAAAACAAACAGGCUGGUGUUUCAAAGUACUGCAUGAAGUUCAAAGUACUCACGUCCAUUUGUCUUUAAUGCUCUAUGUGGAUCUUCACAGAGAAGCAUAGCCAGGGGUUCAGACCUGACUGCGCAGAACUAAUCAGUCGAUCUCAAAGCCACAGUUUCAUUCUCUGUUAAUUACAGAGCAGAAUUGAGUACUGGAUCAAUGGCAGACAAGGCAAGUCUAUUUUUAGACUGUGGUUGUAAAAACUGUUGACAGCCUGUGGAUGGUUUCGAUGGAUGUCGUGAACGCUGCAAGUUUGUAACACACACACACACAAACAUCAGAUGGCGUCUCUAACCCCUUCAAGAUGAUCUUUAUUCUAAACUGAUCUGCCUCAUGUUAAAAAGAAGUCAUUUUAACAGCAUACUUAAUAUCUUGUUCUUUUAUUGGUUGUACAUUAGUGGAACUGUUUCUUUUCUUGUCUCUGAAAGUAUGUGCAUAAUAAAGCAAUGCCAGUCAGAAAAUAUGUGAAACUGACUAAAAGAAA